UCUCCUUUUCCUUGGCAGUUUCUCGGGUAGGGCCGCGGGGCUCAGCGGCUGGAGGUCGGAUGGGAUUCGGAGGAAACCUACAGAGUCUCGGCCUUGCCCAGCGGUGGCGUCGGUGCUCCAGGCCGAUCUCCGAGCCAGCAGAAAAGCCACAGAGGGCAGCGGAUGCGGCAGCGGACGGCAGAACACAGGGAGAAACACCCCGCGCAAUACGCGGCAGCUGAUGCGACUUCCAUCCUGGAGGGAAAGGACGUUCCCUAGUCGGCUCGACGCUUCAACACCAUCGACAGGAGCCUGCCCACGGCCUCGGCGGUGGUUUUCUGAGUGACAGAAGGUUGAAGAACCCCUGAGCAACGCGACACCAGAAGGGCUAGGUAGGUUGGCUGGUGCGGUGGAAGCGAAGCCCAAAAUGGCCGCAGGGCCCGCGCGCCGGCGGGACACCCCCCCAGCCGCCGGAAGAGACGCAGGACUGCUGGGCGUCUACGCCACUAGCGCCGCGCCGCGCCGCCCAACGUCUCUCUCAAAGCCCCGGGGGGCGGGGCUUUCCGCCCACUUCCGUGUGGCCACCGAUUGGUCGCGCCGGAUUUCCCUGUCGGCUUCCUUACUCGAGGUAGAGCCGCACGGUAGCGCGGGGUUGCAUCAGCCGGCGGGAUGCACGCAUGCGCAGUUGUUUCUGUGUGGUCUCAGGCGACCGCCCCAACAGCCCUCUAGGCUAAAGGGCUUGGGUAGGAAAGGGGUUUUCAAGAUAACCCGAGAAUUUCCCGGAGGCGUUUUGAUGGCCUAAUACACACUAACGUGUGUACAGUCAUCGCCUCGUAUAAAAUGGGGAUUAGUUCCAGGACGCCGUAGACACCAGAAUCCGCAGAUUCUGGUCAAGUCCGUUAUGUAAAAUGGUGUAGUGUUUGCAUAUAACCUACAUACACCUUCCCAGAUACUUUAAAUCAUCCCCUAGAUUAAGUAAAUUACCUAAUACAAUGCAAGUGCUAUGGAA